GCCGGACCCGUGCCCGUGCCUGCGGAGAGGGGAGGGGCGGGGAGGGGGGCGCAUUGUUGAGUCAGGGGCCGAGCGGCGCGGACGGGCGCACCUCUCCGCGGCGCCGGGGGGGGGGACGUCACAGCGGGCGGGCGGCACCGCGGGCCUUGCCGCUAGGGCGCGGCCGGCCCCCCCCGGGAGGACACCCCUCCGCCGCCUCCCCGGUGGUGGCGCCCGGCUCCAGCUGACCGGCCUGGAAUCCCGGCUCCCAGCCCCGCCGCCCCCCCCCCUCCUCCUCUUCCUCCUCCUCCUCCCCCCCCCACCGCCCGCCCGCCGCCGCCCCGGCCCCGGCCUCGGCCUCGGCCCCGGCCCCGUCAUGGGAGACGCCGGCAGCGAGCGCAGCAAGGCGCCCAGCCUGCCGCCGCGCUGCCCCUGCGGCUUCUGGGGGUCCAGCAAGACUAUGAAUCUCUGUUCCAAAUGCUUUGCUGAAAAAAGAAAUCCACACAACGAAAAAGAUUUCCAGAAGAAGCAGCCAGAUGAUGACUCUACUCCCAGCACAAGCAACAGCCAGACAGAUUUGUUCUCUGGAGAAACGAACAGUGACAACAGCAAUACCUCUCUAACCACGCAGGCCGCUAACUCCAACCAGCAACUUUUGACAGAACUGAAUGUAACUUCACCGAGCAAAGAGGAAUGUGGGCCAUGCACAGGUACAGCUCAUGCCUCAUUAACCACACCAACCAAAAGAUCUUGCGACUCAGAUUCACAGUCGGAGAGUGAGGCUUCUCCUGUGAAACGGCCACGGCUACUGGAUGACAGUAAUGACAGGCCUGAAGAAACCAGUCGAUCCAAACAGAAGAGUAGACGCCGAUGCUUCCAGUGCCAAACAAAACUGGAGCUAGUACAGCAGGAACUGGGAUCAUGUCGCUGUGGUUAUGUGUUCUGUAUGUUACAUCGCCUGCCUGAACAACAUGACUGCACAUUUGACCACAUGGGACGUGGGCGUGAGGAAGCCAUUAUGAAAAUGGUGAAACUGGAUCGGAAAGUAGGAAGAUCUUGCCAACGCAUCGGCGAAGGAUGUUCCUGAGUGCAAGACUGCAACCAAAUGCUGUUCUCUUAGUUCACUAAUGUUAGCCUUAUUUAGGACAAAGUCAGCCAGACACCUUGUACUAGGCAAGUUUCAGACUACAGCCAAUCAGUUUCCUUUCUUUAGCCAACCGUCCUGGUACUGUAGUUUAGGGGAUGAUGGUGGUUGAAAUUGAUUUCUGGCUGGUUACUAAGGUGCCUGCUAGCCACCGUAUAAAAUUAAAACAUGAAGAAAUAUUAUUUUUUGAGCAUGGCUAGUGGAUUUAAACAAAACAAGAAAAAUCCAAAGGCUUCUGUUAUUGCUGGAGUCACUGUAAAAGCCUUACGCUGGAAACAUUCCAGCUGCAGAGUUAAAACAAAUAGUUGUGUAGAAGCUGGUGUAAAAGUUUGCUAUGCACAUGGCUUUCAGACAAACUGUUUAAUGUGCAGCCUUUCACCUCUUCACUUCUAGUUAAUCCUGAGGAGGUGAAAUACUACUAAGAGCAGCAGCUGCUGCUGCUUAAGCCCAGAAGACCUGACUGGUCACUCGUGCCUUCAUCGCGUGUGGCUUUUGAAUUAGGCAGUGUCACCAGCAUCAGGGAUUCUGUUGGGGUAGGAACAUCUUUCUGGUUCUUCCCAGGAAGCCAAAAAGAAAGGGGGACAGAGAUUCUUAUGAAAAAUUUUUAUAUCUAUCUUACUAUAAGGAACCUAUCAGGGUUUUUUUGUUUUAUGUUUUUUUUUUCUUCUCGGUUAAAUUAUGAUCUCACUUUAAAGCCAACUCCAUCCCAGAGCAGUAAAUGGUGCAUACAUUUUACAUGGCAUCCACAGAGAUUCUGAGUCGUGUGAAGAUUGCACAUACAUUGAGCAGUGCAGCCGUUCCCACCGGCCGAAACCUGAUUGGCUCUCGUUUGCCUUUUGCUAAGUGCAGGUAUCUGAUAAUUGAUCAAAUAAGGCUAAUUCACAGCACAGUAGCCAUGGCUGGAUUCUACAGACUGACUUUCUGUAGCUAGACUUAUAUAUUGGGGAAAAAAAAAAAGGACAUUUUGUAGCAAACGGAAUUCAGUAACAGUAUUGGGGAACAACCGGUGAAACACCCUGUGUCAGAUUGAGUUUGUAUUCCUCGCUUCCAGAGUGUCAAUGAGAUAAUCAAAUGGGCUUCGUCAGCCCUGUUUCUAUGCAGCUGAACGCUCUCAUGAAAAUCUCUGCCCGCAUCUAUUGCAAAGCAAGUAUAGCAAGUGAACGUGAGAAGCAUUACGUGGAGUAGGAUGUUUUGGCUCUGUUUAGACCUAUGGUUCCGUAUUAUGGUAUGUCGCAUUGAGCUGAGCUGAGCUGAACUGAAUUGCACCGGUCUCGUCAGUUCGUGAACAAAAAAAAAGCAAAAAUAAUAUUCAGCAUGUCUCCUGCUGCACACAGGGUUACGCAAGUAAAAAGGAUUUGUACUCACGUGGCCCAGCUAAAUCCCGAGUGAAUUUCCCAGUCCAUUGGUAAGGUAUUAACAAUCAGGUAAAUGUGUAAGAAAACCUGAGGGAGGAAAAGAUUUUGUCUCAUCUUGAAUACUGGGCAGACAGAAAACAUCAGAGAGGUGCAGUAACAAGUCACUUGAAAAAACCCAGUGUUUUGGGAGAAGGUUUGUAUGAGUCAUCCUCCAUUCUACUUGUCGCAGGUAACUAACUCCUUAUCGGCCAAAUCAUAUUAUUACACUGGUAGAAGCAUUUAACAAGGAGAACUAAUUGCAAAACCAACAACGAACAACAACAACAAACCACAUCUCCACACACAUUCAGCAUCUGACUGUAUUAGCAUAAAUUAACCACGAAUCAGAAGUGUCCCAUCAGUAGAAAACACAAGCUAUCCAAAAGGCAAGAGGUUUUUUUAAUUAUUAUUAUUAUUAUUGUUAUUAUUCAAGAAUAUGAAACCAGCAGCAAAAUCGUCUGUAAUGUGUUGCAUUUUCAGGAAAUGGUCCUGUUGAAAGGGACUGGCCAAGGAUAUUAUUUACAUUUGCCGUGAAGAAUUUAUAAAAGCAUGGAUUUCAGCUGCUGCUGUGAAACGCACUUUCUUUUCCUACAAAACCCUACUCAUAACAUUUGAUGGGCAUUCUGAUUGAUACACGAGACUUUUCUGCAUUAAUACUGAAGAUGCUAUUUUGUUCCUCCUUAAUAUUCUCUUUAAGCUUGUUACAAGUGCACAGAUGGUUUCAAGGUGGCUCUUGUGAGAACACUACUUAAAAGUUCAUGUGAAUUAUGGACAAUGUUCACUUUAAACAAACAAGUUGGGGACGGGGUUGUUCCUUUGCAGUAUCUGUUCUGUGAAGUUUGUUAAACGUAAAGAAAGCUUAAGUUCUUGUAUCUUAAAAGAAGAUCUUAUUUAACCCUUUUGUGUUCUAGAUUUACUUACACAUGUAGCCUAGAGCUCAGUUUUAGUUUAACAUUGUGAAAAUAUUAAAAGAAUCUUGUAACUUUAUUCUUUUUCCUCCUGCUAAAAAAUUAAACCAAUCAGAUUAAAGUUUGAAUUCCUUUCUGCCUAUUCCAA